CGCAUCGGAACGAGCCAUCCGGGGGCCUCGAACCUUUGACCUUCCGUUCCGAUCACGAGGCGGACAUCUCAACCACUUGGCCAUCUCGAUCGAUAUGCUACAGGAAGUGCCUAUACGACGGAUGUCACCACUUACGUGCCAGAUUGAGUUUAGAAAUCUGUCGGGACUUGCCAUACUCUACGGACGGUGAAAGGAGAAUCCCAAGUGUGAAGUAGAGCAAUAUAUCAAUGAUCUACUCGCUGCUGAAUGGAACCACGUUAUUAAUGUUAGAAUUGUAUUACACCUUAGAGAAAUCAACCUAUAAAGAUUACACUUUCAAGCACAGAACUAUCGACAAGAGGAUUUCGUACAACAUUGACGCUAAUCUUUAACUCGAUCAUGGGGGCACAGAACGCGAAACUAAAACCGGCGACACUCGAGGAGUUGGCUGCCUGUACCAGAUUUACCGACGAUGAGCUAAAACAAUGGUACAAGGGAUUCAAAGAAUCGUGUCCGAGCGGAAAGCUGUCCAAGGAAGACUUCAAGCGCGUCUACAUCAGCUUCUUCCCGGUAGGAGAUGCCUCGAAGUUUGCUGAGCACGCGUUCAGGGCGUUUGAUACCGAUGGAGAUGGCAUCAUCAACUUCCAAGAGUUCAUCUGCGCACUGAGUAUAUCCACCCGGGGAACGACCGAACAGAAGCUCAAAUGGUCGUUCAACAUGUACGAUCUGGACAACAAUGGCUACAUUUCGAAGCCGGAAAUGAUAGAAAUAGUGACGGCCAUUUACAAAAUGGUGGGCGUGGCCAAAAAAGAGACAGUCACACCAGAGAUGAGAGCCGAGAAAAUUUUCCAAACCAUGGACCGAAAUUCCGAUGGCAAUCUUUCCUUGGACGAAUUCAUCCAAGGGGCCAAGAAGGACCCGGUCAUGAUGAAGUUACUCGAGGCGAAAUCGACGUAAUAAAGAAGAGGUUUGGUGCGUCGCCAGGGACACUUUGGCGCAAAGAGGACAAUCACAACUAUAGAGGGGCACAGAUGCCCUCCUUUUUUGUUUCUAACACAUUAUUUAACACUGAAUCUCGUAGUAGCGGCGUCUCGUCGUCGUUGGCCUUGGUUCUUCCCGAGAACAAGACGGGUCUUUUUGUCUCCGAACUCAGAUAUGACAUUAUAAGAUGUGCCAAACAACCCCCUUCUCCUCAGCAGUCAUCUUGAUUGUGACCAUUCGGACUGCCGGUGUAGCAGUUUUAAAUGUCCUCUUGGGUGGAGACUGUCCUACUAUAUUGCAUGGUGACGGAGUGAGAUUGCUUCUAAAGAAACGAAGACCUAUAAUUCAGGUAUUAAAAGCGUCUAAUAGAAUCCGUUGUUCCCCGGCCAUGAUACACUCUGGAGGAUGAUUAAAGCUCUUCCAUCAGGUUCAUAGUGGUCAGGAGCAAAGUAUGCUAUAGACAAUGAGAUGAUUGGAUCUUCGCACGAUUCUGCGCCGUUCACUUUGAAGACAAAAAAGCAAGAAAGAUUGGCAAUUUUAUUGUCAAUGAAGUUACUCGGCUUGAAAUUUAGGCCAUCAAUGGCUGCAAUGAACGAUACAGCAAUUAGGAUUAGCGUUCGUAUUCACAUAAAACACUGUAUAUACCGGUAAUCUCAGUUAUAAUACCUCAAUAUUCGUCACAUCAUUUUAAUAAAGUACCUGACGUCA